UUCUAUUGUGUUUUGACUUAACAAUUAUACAUAUGUUAUGAUGAAAUUAAUGAUGAAUGAAGAUGAUAAUGAGAGACUUAAGAAUUAAAAUAGUUUAAAAUGAGCUUUGUAUCGUUUUCACCAGCAUAAUGACAAUAAAUAACUAUGAGUUAAUCAGAACGGUCAAUCUCAGGCUCAAAUCAACAAACCUUGGUAACCAAUCAAAUAAAAGACAAAACAGGCUAUGAAAAGCGCGUUGUUCAAAUAUAAUCUUCCAAUGGAUUACAAGCAAAGAAGCUUUCAUCUAAGGUUAACAUCCGAACAAGUUAAUUCAUAAAGAUAAAGUGAUUAGCUUUUAAGUUCUUCAACUAAUUAAGAUAAUGAAAAUAAUCGUAAGCUAAAUAAUUAGUAAAAGAUAACUUGUCAAUUAGAAGCUAAACGAUUUUUCAAUAAACAAAUCUUUUUAAGCUUAGAAUAUCUUUUUGUUAGGUAAAUUCAUCUAACGAUCAAUAUUUUUCAACAUCAUUUUAAUAGCCAAAGUGGAUUUACAUAAACUGAUGUAAUGAAAAACAUCAAAAUAUCAUUAACAAGUAUCAAUUGUGAUAUUUGGUGAAUCAAUUAGAUUUUGUAUCCAUGGAAAUGAAAAUUAUAUUUCUUAUAUUUUCAAUAGUCGUUCUAAUAUUUUAUCCUACUUGAUUAAAAAUUUAAAAAAAUAUUCAAGUUAAAAUGAAUACCGUCGAAUUGGAAAAUGUAGAGACAAAUUAUAAACCUUUUAAAUUGCUGUGGUCAUUUCUUUAUUCAACUUUAAUACCUUUUUGCAUCUCCACUCUUAUAAUCAACUUGACCAUUACCUUUGUUUAUAUCGUUAUUCAUAGGAAUAGUGAUUUGAUCGCAAUCCUUUCAACUGAAAACUGGGCUACAACAUGUUUCUAUGCAUGGAAAUCAGUUCGCUGGAAUCAAUGGCAGUAUCCUUGUUGGGCGUUUUGCCUUCUUAUUUGGUCAGUUGCUUCAUUGACCUUGCUUCCUAGUCAGCACAUUGCUGGACCUUAUGCCAUCUCUGGUUAUCAGCCUCAUUACAAAUUAAAUGGAGUCAAAUUUUACAUUCUUUCAAUGGCUUAUUGGGUACCGAUUAUACUCUAUUUUCCCAUGUCUAAUGUUUACCUGUCACUAGUGACCAUCACUGGUUAUUCAACAUUAGGUUCAUUGAUUGUUUCGAUAAUAUUGUUACUUAAGGGUUACUUUCGUCCAUCGCCAGGAGUAUUUGGAUCUUCUAAUAAUGUUUUGGUUGAUUUUCUACACGGCAUCGAACUCUAUCCACGAUUAGGUUUCAACAACACAGUAGAUGUUAAAAUAAUCUUCAUUAGCCGCUUUGGUUUUUUUCUUUGGCAACUGAUUCUUUUGAUAGUAGGUAAAGCUAGUUAUGAAUUUUACUUGACCAGUUAUCAGAGUGGUCAAGUUAAUUGCUCCCUUUGGGUAGUAAUUGCUCUUCAAACGAUUUACAUAGCCAAACAUUAUAUUUGGGAGAAGCAUUUCAUCGAAACAGUUGAUAUCGCACAAAACAAGUUUGGCUUCAUUCAAUGUUACAAAGCAAUGGUCUGGAUUCCAAUUGUUAGUUCACUCGGCGCAAUCUAUCUGGUUAAACAUGGGCCUACAAUGAAAAAUUUCGGUUUCAACCACGCCUGUGUUAUUCUUGUUUCAGGUAUUAUAAGCAUUUGUCUAUUAUGUUUAGCUGAUUUGCAGAAAACAGUUGUUCGAUCAACAAAUGGAACGUCAAAUCUCAAGUUAACUGGUUCGAUCAAAGUUCUCCAAGUAAAGUAUCUAGAUGAAGAUUUACAGCCUCAAGAAACAGUCUUGCUAAUUUCUGGUUUAUGGUCAUUUGUUCGUCAUCCUAAUUAUACAUUUGAAUUGACAACCGCACUCCUGUGGUCAAUUCCAGCGUGCACUGUGAAUCCCAUUUCCUAUUUUUAUCCUAGUCUUUUGUUUAUUUAUUUGGUUCAUCGGAUGAAUUGGAUUCAUGAUAAAUGUACCUUCAAGUAUGGUAAGCAAUGGGAAGAGUACUGUCGAUUAGUGCCAUAUCGACUUAUCCCUUAUUUCUAUUGAUUUUCGUUAACCAAAGCCAGAUUUCAGGUAAUAAUUUGUAGAGAUAACUCAAAUUGUAGCUUUUCUUCUCGUAGCGCUUAGAAGCUUUAAAGAUUCAAUUUUGCACAGUCCAAAUGGAUUUACGUAU